CUUUUUGCACCGUGUGGGUCCAAUGAGUCGGUGGCACCAGUCUGGCUCUGGCUCUGCCUCUGCGUGAUAGCGCAUUUCGGCCUGCAGAUGCCCGCCACAAGGCCAUCUCAAAAAUUCAAACCGCAUCAAGCUUCCCAAGACCCCAGACGAACGCCGGCGCUUCACACAUCGCCCGACCCGAACCAAACCCUUCAAACCCCAGCGAAAAGCGAAGGCAAUCGGAGGAACGAAUCCGCGCGACCAACACGUUGGCAGCAGCAUUAGGAUCCGGAUCCGAAGACCGCCAGACCGGAGCCGGAGGCGAUGAAGAGAAAGGAAAACUCCGCGCACUCGGCGCCGCCUCUCAACAGGCCGCGCGGGAAGCGCAAGGCCCUGGCCGAGCUCCCCAAGUCCAACGGACUGAACAUGAACCACGACUCGGCGCCGCGGCCGUCGAAGCCGAGAACGCGGUCGGCGGCGCGAGCUGAGGCCGAGGCGGAGGCGGCGAUGAAACGGCGGAAGGCCGGAGACGCCGCGCGCUGGCCGAUGGACACGAGGCAGCCUGACGCUGAAGCGGCGGUUGCGCCAUACGUCGGGGACAUCGACCGGUACCUCCGGUCCCUGGAGGUUGAACCGUUGAGGAGGCCAAGCCAUAGCUAUUUUCAGGAUAUCCAGAAAAACAUCUGCCCCAAAAUGAGGGCUAUCCUUGUGGACUGGUUGGUGGAGGUGGCUGAAGAAUUCAAGCUUCACGCAGAAACACUCCACCUUGCGGUUUCCUACGUGGACCGCUUUCUCACAAUGAAUGUCGUUGCUCGGAACAAGCUGCAACUACUGGGUGUCACUGCAUUGCUCGUUGCUGCUAAGUAUGAAGAAAUUGAGUCUUCUAAGAUGAAGGUGGUCAAGAUGGAGACUGACUUACUAAAAUCUCUUAGCUUUCAGAUUGGGGGUCCCACAGUGACAACAUUUCUACGGCAAUUUAUAGCUUCGUGUCGUGGAGGCAAUAGUGCAAGCAGAGGAAAACUUGAGUUUGUGUGCAGCUACCUUGCGGAAUUGAGCUUGCUGGAUUAUGACUGCAUAAGCUAUCUACCCUCAGUAGUUGCUGCUGCCUGCUUGUUUGUAGCCAGAUUCAUAAUCCACCCAAAGACUCGUCCUUGGAACUUGUCACUUGAACAAAGCACGGGUUAUAGAGUCUUUGAUCUGCAGAAAUCCAUUUAUGUCAUACAUGAAUUGCAGUUGACAAUAAGGUGCCCAAAUCAGGUAGCCAUCAGGGAGAAGUACAAGGACCCCAAGUUUGGGUGCGUGUCGACAAUGGUUUCACCACGAGAAAUCCCUACGUCUUUCCUUGAAGGUUGCCAUAAGUGAAGUCCGGACUUGGACUUGGAGAAGGGUUUUUGCAGUAAUGCUGCUGGCGAGUGGCGAUGCAGAAAAUAGCUUGAUGGUAGGAUAAUUUAAGGGUAGGUCGGAAAAUAUACCAUGGCCAGCGUUGUAGAUCGUUGGUACGGUACUGGUCUCACAGUUGGUAGAAUAUGCAAUUGAAGGCUUUUUGUACAGGAGUUAGGCUAGUCCGUGACACACACGUGUGCAUCCUCUAUGGUCUGUCUUUGCGCACAUUAUGCCGAGCGCCGACCAUCUCGUGCUGUUGGCCUGUCUCAAUUACCACCAGACAUUUGACACGUGGAAUCUUUUUAAGAUUCAAUUUUUAAAAAUUGUAUUUCUCAAGCUGUAACUUCGAUUCA